AUGCGCUGGUUGCCUCUUCUACUUUCGUUCGCCCUCCCCUUCGGGUCCCUCGCCGCCAAGAAAUCAUCCGACUCGGUCGAUCGAUUUAGUGAAUUCCACACGAAGGCACAGGCUUCCUCUCCUUUGAAGCUCGCUGAUGCUUCCUAUAAGAAGCUCACGUCUGCUCCUCGAGAUUACUCUGUCGCCGUACUAUUGACAGCUCUGGAAGCGCGCUUUGGUUGUCAACUCUGCAGCGAAUUCCAGCCAGAAUGGGAUCUGUUGGGUAAGAGCUGGACUAAGAGCGAUAAGAAUGGCGAAUCCCGUUUGAUUUUUGGAACGCUUGACUUUUCCAACGGAAGGGAGACAUUCAUAUCUCUCGGUCUUCAAUCAGCUCCUGUACUCCUCUUGUUCCAGCCAACGUCUGGUCCGUAUGCCGCCGCGACUAAUGAUCCCAUACGCUUUGACUUUACUGGACCUCAAAGUGCUGAGAAAAUCCACGAAUGGCUUGCUCGUCACCUACCCGACCGACCCCACCCGCCGGUGAGCCGCCCAGUCAACUACAUUGGAUGGAUUGUAUCAAUUGUUAGUGCUCUGGGUAUCGCCGGUGUUGUUUCCAAGGCUUGGCCAUACGUAUUACCCGUCAUCCAGAACCGAAAUGUCUGGGCAGGCUUGAGCUUGAUCGGUAUCCUCAUGUUCACCAGUGGCCACAUGUUCAACCAAAUCCGAAAAGUACCCUACGUAGCUGGGGAUGGACGUGGUGGUAUUAGCUACUUCGCUGGUGGAUUUCAAAGCCAAUUUGGGCUUGAAACGCAAAUUGUUGCUUUCAUCUAUGGCAUCCUAUCUUUUGCCACCAUCUCUCUAGCCGUCAAAGCUCCCAGGACCCGGGACCCUAAGAUCCAACAACUGAUGGUCAUUGUUUGGGGCGCUGUCUUGGUCUUGAUGUACAGCUUCCUGCUCUCUGUUUUCCGGGUAAAGAACGGCGGCUAUCCCUUUAAACUUCCCCCUUUUAUGUAA